AUGAAGUUCAUCACUGUCUCCGCGUUCAUCCUUUCUGCCAUCACGGCAGUCAGCGCCUUCUGCUGCUCCGGCCCUCAAUGCGCCGACGGCACCGGUGGCACCCCGUGCUGCGCCACGCAGUCCUGCAACAUCUUCUGCUGCGCUUGCGGUGGACACUGCCGUGGUACCAGCAAGCGCUCCGUCGUUCCCGACAUCUUCCAGCGUGACGUGGACACCGCCUUCAGGCUUGCCGACGUCAGUGGCAACGGUACCAUCACUCUGAACCAGUACCUCAAGUACAUGGAGGUUGAUGGCAAGAGCGAGAAGUUGCAGAUGUGGGAGGACUGGUUCAAGAAGCACGACAAGAACAGCGACGGUGUUAUCACCAUCGAUGAGAUCAGCCUGGAGUAA